AUGAAGCUCGACUACACAGAGGAAGGGCAUGUCAAGAUAGACAUGCGUGACUACGUGGAAGAAAUUCUGGCAGAGGCUCCGGACGACAUGAGUGGUGAGAGCGCAACUCCGGCUGCAGCCCAUCUCUUCCAAGUCAACAACGUGGAUCCGGUGAAGCUUCACGAAUCACUGGCACAAAUGUAUCAUCAUAUUGUGGCCAAGAGUUUGUUCCUAUCGAAAAGAGGACGACCAGAUAUCCAAACUGCCGUGGCAUUUCUGUCCACAAGAGUUAAGAGCCCAGAUGAAGACGACUACAAGAAACUAUGUGUCGCAUGA